CUUCCUUUUUCGUCGAUCUUUUGGGCUGUCGCUCUCCACACUUUCCUCCUUAUGGAAUCUCCAUGCUUCUGUACAAAUAGAUCCCUUCAAUUGAUCAUUUUUCUCGUGCACUCUCCGACUCUUGAACCGUCCAACCCGGCGUUCCUGGCCCUCUGACCACUUGCUCUUUCCAGAUCUCUGGAAAAGAUCUCUAGUUUUACUUAGUACACCAUCUUUCUUGCCAAUCGCGAGAUUUCUUCUAAUAAUAUAAGGAAGCCGAUCGAGCCUUAUUUAUUGAAGACCGCCGCACGACGGUUUUGUUUUCCGCAGAGGAAUGAUAAAUAGAAAGAGAGGAUUCAGAAUUCGGAGGAAGCUGGCGAAGGUCUUCCACUGGAUGACACGACGACAGAUGAGGAGCCCUACCCGGCGUAGCCUCUCUUCCCCGGGGUCUAAGAUCCUCAGGCUUGGCACGUACCUCUCCCGUGGAGCCCAGAGAUUAUGCAGCUUCCGGUCUAGAGGCCGUGGAUAUGUCCGGGUUGGCCACGAAAAACCUGUCAGGCACGACGUCCCGAAGGGCCACCUUGCAGUGUACGUGGGCCAGUCGGGGGACAGCAUGUGCAGGGUCAUGGUGCCGGUGAUAUACUUCAACCACCCGCUGUUCGGGGAGCUCCUGAGGGAGGCCGAGAAGGUUCAUGGGUACAAUCACCCGGGAGGGAUCACACUGCCGUGUGGGAUCUCGGAGCUCGAGCGGAUCCAGAAGCGGAUCGCUGAAAGCGGCCGAUACCGGCAUUUGGACCGUCACAAAGUUGAUCAGUAUAGAAUUAGCUAGUGGACCGGCCGGCUGGCGUUACUCAUCACAAGUUAAUGAUUGGCAUGUACUUGGGACCGGGGAGGGAGGACGACAGCAUCGUCUGAGGGCGGGCGUUGUGCCGAAAUUCAUGACCGAUGAUUUUUUGUUGUAAACGACAAAACGUAAGGGUAAUUUAAUAUACUGAUAUUAUUUUGUCUUUUUCUUGUUUUUGAUUUCGUUGUUUUUUUUUUCUUUUUGCCCUUUAGAUUCUUCUAAAUUUCUGUGAAUAUAGUUCCGAUGUUGAGAUUCCAAACCAUGGCAUUUGAUUCUUUUUCUUUCUUUUUUUUGGUGAACACCAUAGUAUUUGAUUUUAACAAGAAUAAUGACUAGGAAAAAAAAUGCUUUGCCAGCUUUCCAUAAGCAUAAUUGUGGGGUUUGUGUAUGAAGUCUACGUGUCAUUUAAACUUUCUCCAAGUUUGAUUGUAAUUAUUAGGUUGUGACAUGCUGAUUAAAAAUUAGAGGUAUAGCGCAGUAGCGCACCUCUCGCCUGGUGACCAAUAGAUUUCAUGUUCGAUA